AUGGAUACGAACAUGGAGGAUGUUGGGCGUGUCCCCGCCGAUCUGCCCUCUACCCAGAACCUUGAGCCCACCACAAUCCCGACCCUAGAUGGCUGGAUUGAGAGCCUCAUGAACUGCAAGCAGCUCGUCGAGGCCGACGUUCAGAGGCUUUGCGAGAAGGCGCGGGAAGUCUUGCAGGACGAGUCCAACGUGCAACCAGUCAAAUGCCCAGUCACAGUGUGCGGUGAUAUCCACGGCCAAUUUCACGAUCUUAUGGAGUUGUUCAAGAUUGGCGGCCCUAACCCCGACACCAACUACCUUUUCAUGGGUGACUACGUCGACCGAGGCUACUACUCUGUCGAGACCGUGACUCUGCUCGUCGCCCUCAAGAUCCGAUACCCUCAGCGCAUCACCAUCCUCCGUGGCAAUCACGAGUCCCGCCAGAUCACCCAAGUCUACGGCUUCUACGACGAGUGCCUUCGGAAAUACGGCAAUGCCAACGUGUGGAAGUACUUUACCGACCUCUUCGACUACCUCCCCCUUACUGCCCUCAUCGACAACCAAAUCUUCUGCCUUCACGGCGGUUUGUCGCCCAGUAUCGACACCCUGGACAACAUCAGAGCUCUUGACAGAAUUCAGGAGGUUCCCCACGAGGGCCCCAUGUGCGACUUGCUUUGGUCUGACCCCGAUGACCGCUGCGGCUGGGGAAUCUCUCCCCGUGGCGCUGGCUACACCUUUGGCCAAGACAUUUCCGAGGCUUUCAACCACAACAACGGCCUCACGCUUAUUGCCCGUGCUCAUCAGCUUGUCAUGGAGGGUUACAACUGGUCGCAGGAUAGGAACGUGGUGACUAUCUUCUCGGCACCCAACUAUUGUUACAGAUGCGGCAACCAGGCCGCGAUCAUGGAGAUCGACGAACAUCUCAAGUACACUUUCCUCCAAUUCGAUCCUUGCCCGAGAGCCGGCGAACCAAUGGUCUCGAGACGCACACCCGACUACUUCCUCUGA